AUGUUUUCACAUGUCAGUUUAUUUUCAGGAGCAAACAUUCUUAAUGAUUUGACAAUAUCUCCUGUAUUAUCUGGAGCAUAUGGUUUUACAAAUGAUGAGAUAAAGCAAACAUUUGGAAACUUAUUAGAUAAAUUUGGUAGUAAUAAACAAGAAUUUUUGAACUACUGGAUUCAAAAGGGAAAAACCAGCCUCUUAGCCAAGUUGAUCAGUAUUGAGCAUGUUAAAGAUAUUGCAGAUGAAAUUAAAAUCAAUGAAAAUUCAAUUGUACCUGUUAGUAUUGCAGAUAUACAGAAAUCAUCCACAUUCCCUGUAUUGUUGUUUUUUCAAACUGGUUAUUUGACUAUCAAACAACAAGAAGGAACAAAUUUAGUUCUUGAAAUUCCAAACACAGAAGUAUGUGAGUCUUUGAUGGGUGAACUUUGGGCUAACUUUGAUGACACUUCAUUAGAAACAGCAUUUAAUCAAAUUAAAACACUGACAGAUCUUCUUAAACAAGACAAAUUCAAAGAAUUUCUGAUAGAAUUUAAUAAGGAUUUGGGCACCAUCCCAUACAAUACUACCAAACUAUGA